CACGAGGCGGGGCGCUGGACGGCGCGGGGGUCGCCAGCCCGGGACGCGAUGGCUCCCUUGAGGAGUGGGGUGGGAGGCGGCCGAGGGUUCGGCGCGCCCUUCGCGCCCGCCGCAGUAUGAGACCCGCAAAGGGCGGCAGUAGCAGCCCCAGCAGCAGCCUCCGCCGGCGCCUCCCGCGGGCCCCAGCCCUCUCGCCCCCGCGCACCAUGCAGACCCCCGGCCUGCCGAGCCCGCGGCGCAGCCCCUGCCGCCUUCCCGGCCCGCGCUAGCCCGCGCCAAGGGGGGGCCUCGGCCGCCGGGGGGCCAGCCGCCCGAGCCGCGCCCGGGGAGAGGCGGCACCGCUGCCGCCCAGCCCUUCGCUCUCCCGCUGCGUCCCCUCCCGGCCGCCCCGGGCGCCCAGCGGCGAUGGGGGCGCUGCUGGCGCUCUGGCUCCUCCUGGGCUGGCUGCGCUGGAGCCCGGCGGGUGCUCAGCAGUCCGGAGAAUACUGCCACGGCUGGGUGGACGUGCAGGGCAACUACCACGAGGGCUUCCAGUGCCCGGAGGACUUCGACACGCUGGACGCCACCAUCUGCUGCGGCUCCUGCGCCCUGCGCUACUGCUGCGCCGCGGCUGACGCCAGGCUGGAGCAGGGAAGCUGCACCAACGACCGGGGCGAGCUGGAGCACCCCGGCAUCACCGCGCAGCCCGUCUACGUUCCCUUCCUCAUCGUUGGCUCCAUCUUCAUCGCCUUCAUCAUCCUGGGCUCUCUGGUGGCUGUUUAUUGCUGCACCUGCUUGAGACCCAAGGAGCCCUCGCAGCAGCCAAUCCGCUUCUCACUCCGCAGCUACCAGACAGAGACCCUGCCCAUGAUCUUGACCUCCACAAGCCUCAGGGCACCUUCCAGGCAGUCCAGCACGGCCACCAGCUCUAGCUCCACAGGGGGCUCUAUCCGCAGAUUCUCCUUUGCCAGAGCAGAGCCAGGCUGCCUGGUGCCGUCACCGCCCCCACCUUACACCACAGGCCACCCAAUCCACCUGACGCAGCCAUCUGGUUUUCUGGUGUCACCCCAAUACUUCACCUACCCCCUCCAGCAGGAGCCCCCGCUGCCCGGGAAGAGCUGUCCGGACUUCAGUUCCAGCUGACAAGCCACAGAGAUAAAUCCAGCCAGUAGGACAACCGGGAAGACAGGUGGAGGGUUGUUGCCAUGGCCACAAGGACUUCUGGGGGAAUUUCCCUUGAACCCAGCAAUGUCCCGGAGGAAUGUGCUAGGAAAAUACAGCACCUUUCUAGUCCUACGUUUCCCCAAACCCGUAUCGCAGGAUGGGUGUGUUACAGAAUUGCUUUCUGGCUUGCAAAUCAUUGUGAUUAUUACGUUUCAGUUUGCGCUACUUUUAUUCAAAAUAGGGAGCUGCUCGACUUUAAAGUUGCAAAUUGGCUGAAGAUGUGUUACUGGACAGCUCAGCUAUACUGUUUAGAAAAGGCCUAUGUGUUCUUUUUUUCAACCUAAGUUGUUUAGUGAGUCAUAAUAUACAUCUGUACAUCAACAAGCGAAGAAAAACACCCGAUGGUAAUUAUUGAAAGUUCUUUUAAAAAAAAAUUAACAAAUCAGCAACCUGAGCGGACAGCUGAACAACCUAUUUCUGAUUCCGGGAGCAAUCUAACCAUGAAU